AUGUGGAUUAGAUGUAUUAUAUCUUCACUGUGUAUCAUUGCACAAGCUCAAAUUGUUAUCGGUAUCCAACAAACCCAGUAUAAAGCUGUUGAUGACACAAACGUGACCACACUGCCCAUCGAUGUAGAGUUUGACCAAGUCAGCCUUUUGUCCUGCGCCUCACGUUGUUCAAGUUCCAACAAAACGUGCUACAGCUACAUCUACAACAAAACCACAAAACAUUGUAGUUUGGGUUCCUGGCUAGUACCACUGCAGGCUUCAAAACAAAAAGUUCAGGGAAAAAUUUUCUCUACUGGAAAUUUCUGCAACACAACCAGAAACAUCACGAUCCUGUCUGAUGUUUCCAUCUCAGAUACAGACUUAAUUAUGUGCACAGGUGGCCAGCAGCUUGGCUCAUGCAAAGGUGUCAGCAACACUGUUCCCCGACCUGUGGUGACCCUUACAUCUGGACUAAAGGUCAUGUGUGACACAGUGACAGACGGUGGAGGAUGGACCAUUUUCCAAAGACGUGUUUCUGGGACAGUAGAUUUCUACAGGAACUGGGCGGUAUACAAAAACGGGUUUGGUGAUUUUAGUUCAGGUAAUUUUUACCUGGGCAAUGAGAACAUUUAUCUCUUAACGUCAAACCGUCAAACAGAACUGAGAGUGGAUAUGACAUUUAAUGGAACAAAAUAUUUCGUCAAGUAUUCCAGCUUCAACAUUUCUAGCGAGACAGACGGCUACAGGCUACUUGUUGGUGGAUUCGCUGGGAACACUGGGGACAGUCUAGCCUACCACAAUGGUGAUCAACAAGGCCAACACCGUCAGCAAAAUCAGCACCAUCAGUUUCGAACACCAUCACCAUCAGCAUCGCCAUCACAGUGGAAAUACGCUCACAUGUUUUGA